AUGAGUUCUCCAUCCAUUCAAAAGAAAAUUGUUAAUGUUGCCUCUUUGAAAACCACCAAAGCUAUUAUUGAUGACCUUGGUGAUGAAUUGUUUGCUAUUCUUGUUGAUGAAUCACGAGACAUAUCUAAUACUGAAGAAAUGGUUGUUGUUUUGCGUUAUGUUAACAAGAAUGGAAGUAUUGUUGAACAAUUUUUGGGUAUUGUUCAUGUUAAACUUACAACAGCCAUAUCAUUAAAAAUGGCCAUAGAUGAACUAUUUUGCAAAUUACAUGUACUUACAACUUCAAGAAUUCGUGGACAAGGUUAUGAUGGUGCUAGCAACAUGCAAGGGAAAUUUUAUGUUCUCAAAACUUUGAUCUUAAAGGAAAGUCCUGUGCAUUUUACGUCCACUGUUUUGCUCAUCAAUUACAACUUGCAUUGA